AUCAACGAUCUUUCUCGAGAAAAGUCUGAUUCUACUCGACUGGUAUACCCAGAAUUCCAACUUCUGGAGCAGUAGUUCGCUCAGAAGUAAAAUAUCUCGUGUCCCUAUCGCCGAAGGAACACGAAUUUUGAUAAUCUCGGUACUGUUGAACUGUGCUGUAGUUCGUCUGCUCGAACUGCUGCUGAACUGAUAAAAAGUUAGGAAAACACGACAAUUCUAACUGUUCUUGCUGAUGCAAGUGGGAUCGUAAUGCGGAGAUCUUGUUUGGAUCGACAAUGCAGGGUUGAUCUACUGGACUGCUGGGUUUUGGACUCGACUGUAAAAGCAAGCGUAGUGAUCGCUUUCUAGCUUUUCGGAAUCUGUGUUGGCACCAAAUUAUGGCGCAGAGCAAUUGGGAAGCUGAUAAGAUGUACGCACCGAGGCUUGAUGUUUACAUUCAUGACUAUUUGCUAAAAAGAAAGUUGCACAAUUCUGCAAAAGCUUUUAUGACCGAGGGGAAAGUUGCCACAGAUCCAGUAGCUAUUGAUGCACCUGGGGGAUUUCUCUUUGAAUGGUGGUCCGUCUUUUGGGACAUUUUCAUUGCAAGAACAAAUGAGAAGCAUUCUGAAGCUGCAGCAGCAUACAUAGAGACUCAACAAAUGAAGGCAAGAGAACACCAGCAACAACUACAGAUGCAGCAGCUGCAACUCAUGCAACAGCGCAAUGCUCAGUUGCAACGGAGGGAUCCCAAUCAUCCUACCCUUGGUGGUCCUAUCAAUGCUAUCAACUCUGAAGGAGUAAUUGGCCAGCCUUCAGCCAGUGUAUUGGCUAUGAAAAUGUAUGAAGAAAGAAUGAAACAACCCCAUUCAAUGGAUUCGGAGACUUCUACAGCCCUUAUUGAUGCAAACAGGAUGGCCCUUCUCAAAUCAGCAGCCAAUAAUCAAGGGCAUCUGGCACAAGGCCAUCCCGGGAGUAUGUCUGUGGCUUUGCAGCAAAUGCAAGGACGACCUCAGCUCACAACUGACAUCAAGUCAGAAGUUAACCUAGGUGCAACUCAGAAGUCUUUGCCAAUGGAUCCUUCAUCAAUUUAUGGACAAGGAAUCUUGCAGUCAAAAUCUGGGCUGAGUGGUGCAGGAUUGAAUCAAGGUGUUUCUGCUCUGCCAUUGAAGGGCUGGCCACUUACUGGAAUUGACCAAUUGCGGCCGGGUUUAGGGUUGCAAAUGCCAAAGCCAAAUUUGCAGACCCAAAAUCAGUUUAUUUUGGCAUCACAACAACAGCAGAUUUUAGCACAAGCUCAGGCUCAGGGAAACCUAGGAAGCACAGGUAACUUUGGGUUCGGUGGUUUACCAAGGGGUAGCUUGAAUGCUAAAGAUGCUCAAACUGCAAGAAAUGAUGGUUCUAUAUGUUCGCCGGCACAGUCAAAUCCAUCAAAGAUGAAAAUUCCCCAGAUGCAACAGUCUUCCUCUCAGCAACAGGAUCAGAUGCAGCAACAGCAAGUGCAGCAGAAUAACCGGAAAAGGAAACAGCACUCUUCUUCUGGACCUGCCAACAGUACAGGUACAGGAAAUACAGUGGGCCCUUCACCGAACUCUCCACCCUCCACUCACACUCCUGGUGAUGGAUUAACUACUGCAAGUAGCCUUCAGCAUGGUACCAGUGUGCCAAAAAGCUUGAUGAUGUAUGGUGCAGAAGGAGCAGGAGGCCUAACAUCAUCAACGAAUCAGCUGGAAGACAUAGAAAAUUUUGGAGAUGUUGGCUCUUUGGAUGAUAAUGUGGAAUCAUUUUUGUCACAUGAUGGAGGAGACGGAAGAGAUCUAUAUGGCACUGUAAAACAAAAUCUCACCGAGCAUAAACCAGAGUCGUCGAAAGGUUUUUCCUUUGCGGAGUUUGGUUGUAUAAGGACAAGAAAUAAAGUUACCUGCUGUCAUUUUUCUUCAGAUGGGAAGUUGCUAGCCAGCGCUGGACAUGACAGGAAGGCUGUGCUCUGGAACACGGAUACACUGCAAACAGAAAGGACUCCAGAAGAACACCAGUCUCUAAUUACAGAUAUUCGUUUCAGACCGAAUUCAACUCAACUGGCUACAGCAUCAUUUGACAAGUCUGUGCGAUUGUGGGAUGCUGAAAAUCCAAGCUAUUGCUUGCAUGCAUAUACUGGACAUUCUUCUCAUGUCAUGUCCCUAGAUUUCCAUCCCAAGAAGAACGAUCUUUUCUGUUUCUGUGACAGCAACAAUGAAAUUCAGUAUUGGAGCAUCAGUUCAUUCUCCUGCACUCGUGUUUCCAAGCAAGGAGGCAGUGCUCAAGUGCGAUUUCAACCAAUAAUUGGACAUCUACUGGCAGCAGCAUCAGAUAAGGAGGUGUCCAUCUUUGAUGUUGAAACUGACAGGCAAAUUCAUACGUUCCAGGGGCACUCUGGAGUGGUUAACUACCUGUGCUGGGAUCUCAACGGAGACUAUUUGGCAUCUGUCAGUGAGGAAUCCGUUAAAGUAUGGUCAUUAGCCUCAGGGGAGUGCAUUCAUGAGCUUAGCUACAACGGCAGUCAGUUCCAUUCUUGUGUUUUUCAUCCAAGUUAUUCAGCCCUUUUGGUGAUCGGCGGAUUGCGGUGUUUGGAGCUGUGGAAUAUGGCUGAGAACAAGAGCAUGACAGUUCGAGCGCACGACAAUAUAAUCGCUGCACUGGCACAGUCGCCUCUCACGGGAAUGGUUGCUUCUGCAAGUCAUGACAGCUACGUUAAGCUGUGGAAAUAAAGCUUAAGACAACUGGAUUUGGACCAGUGGAAAUACACCAUAAAAUAACCUAGAAAAACGAUCGGGGAGUAGGAUGUCACUGCAAGUUUUCUUAUGGAUGAUUAUAACGACAAGUUGUUAAUAUGUCUGAUGUUUAAAUCUUUACUUUGGUUGGUUUUGGUCCUUUGUUCAGAGGGAGCUAUUGCAGAAUCUGAAGGCAAAUUAUGAUUAUACGGAGCCGAUGGGGUUGGCUAAUCCGGCCAGCCUACAUUUCAAAUGCCCAAAAAUGAUGAAUGUGCUAUUAUUAAGGUA